CGGCGGAUCACCAGCGGCUCGGAUUAACGGCGAAACUCAAGAGUCCGAAGUUCGGAGAAUGAUCCUCUCUCAGCACUUCCGCUCUCUGCUGCUUCUGUCCAUCCUUGCCUUACACAGCUGUAAUGAUGGACUGCAGGGCUGCUUGGACAAGCAGAGGGUGAUGGGCAUGCUCCGUCAGAUGGAGAAGUUUCUAAAAGGACAGGAGAUCCGCUUCACUGAAGGGCUCCGGAUCAUGAAGUCCAAGCUCGCCAGCCUUCAGAACUCUGUGUCCAAGUUCCCACAAGCAGAUCAAUCUUCACCUUCGUCCUCUUGUCCUGCUCUGGAAGCUCCUGCCCACGGGAGGAAGUUUGGCUCCAAGUAUCUGGUGGGACAUGAGGUGCACUUUGCGUGUUCUCCAGGCUAUAAUCUGGUGGGACCAGGAACCCGUGUGUGUCAGGAGAACGGCAGCUGGAGUGGGGUCAGUGCAGUCUGUAAAGACGUGAGUCAGUGUGCGAGUAACCCGUGUCAGAACGGUGGCACCUGUGUGGAGGGAGUCAACCAGUACAAGUGCACCUGUCCGCACAACUGGACUGGGAGCCGCUGUCAGCACCAGACUCAGACAGCUCCUCCGGAGUGGAGUGUGGUGAACGAUCCGGCGUUCAGCCGGAAGCCCCGCUGUGCUAAAGUGGACCGAACGCAGCACUGCAGCUGUGACGCUGGCUUCCACAUGAGCGGCACCUCGGACAGCAGCAUCUGCCAGGAUGUGAAUGAGUGCGAGGUAUAUAAAGCAGACAGCGGUGGGCUCCUGUGUGCCCAUGUUUGUGUGAACAUUCCAGGCUCGUAUCACUGCUCCUGCCCCAGCGGCUACAAGCUACUUGCUGAUGGCAGGAGCUGUGAGGAUGUGGACGAGUGUCUUACGCAACAGCAUAACUGCAGCCGUGGCACCACCUGUGUCAACACCGGUGGAGGCUUCCAGUGCGUGAACCCCGAGUGCCCGCGUUCGCACGGAAACGUCAGCUACGUCAAGACCUCGCCUUUCCAGUGUGAGAGAAACCCCUGCCCCAUGGAGAGUCGUUCCUGCCCUCUGGCGCCAAAAACUGUCUCCUACCACUACAUCUCACUGCCCUCCAACCUGCGGACCCCAGCCACCCUGUUCCGAAUGGCCACUGCUGCUGCGCCGGGCCGCUCUGGCCCAGACAGCCUGCGCUUUGGCAUUGCCGGAGGGGGAGACAUGCGGAGCCUCUUUGUCAUGCAGCGCUCGGACCGUCAAACUGGUGAACUGAUCCUAGUCCAGCCACUGCUUGGCCCACAGGAGCUCAGCGUGGAUGUGGACAUGGCAGAAUAUUCAGACCGCACCUUCCAGGCCAAACACUUGGCCCGAGUCCACGUGCUGGUCUCUCCCUAUGAGUUCUAAGGAGAAAUGUAUCUGCCCUGCUGUCAUAUUGGGUGUUCAAGCAUUCAGCAAGUUGAAGUGCAGUUAAAGGAACAUUUUAUCCCAAAAUGCUAUUAUGGCUGUUUAUGAGCGAAAACCUGUGGGGACCAGUUAGCAUGAUCUCAACUGCAUCAUACCCACUGGCCUCAGCAUCUCUCAUAGAACACACACCUUUAUCAUGAGCACAUUUACAGUUAGGCCCAGAAAUAUUUGGACAGUGACACAAUGUUCAUGAUUUGGGUCUCUGCAUCCCACCACAUUGGAUUUGAAAUGAAACAACUGAGAUGCAAUUGAAGUGUAGACUUUUGGGUUUAAUUCAAGGGGUUGCACAAAAAUAUCCUAUGAAAUGUUUAAAAUGUUUAGGAAUUGCAAACAUUUUUCUACAAAGCCUCCUCAUUUCAGGGGCUCAAAAGUAAUUGGACAAAUUAACUUUACCAUAAAUAAAAUGUUCAUUUUUAACACUUUGUUGAGAAUCCUUGGCAGGCAAUGACUGCCUGAAUUCUGGAACUCAUGGACAUCACCAAACACGGGGUUUCAUCCUUUGUGAUGCUUUGCCAGGCCUUUACUGCAGCUGUCUUCAGUUGUUGCUUGUUUGUGGGUCUUUCUGACUUAAGUUUUGUCUUAUCCCUGUACAUGUCAGAGUUCAUCCGGCUGCUUCUGUCUUCUAUCACGUCAUCAGUAAACACUAGUGACCCAGUGCCAUUGGAAGCCAUGCAUGCCCAUGUGCUUUCAAUCAUGAGCUGUUCCAAGCCUUCUCCAUACUUUCUUCUUCCCAUCAUUCAGGUUGAUCUUAGUUUCAUCUGUCCAAAGAAUGCUGUUCCAGAAGUUCCAGGCUUCUUUAGACAUUUUAAGGCAAAGUCUAAUCUGGCCUUUCUAUUUUUGAGGCUGAUUAAUGGUUUGCACCUUGUGGUAAACCCUCUGUAUUUGCUCUUAGGAAGUCUUGUCUUUAUAGUAGACUUAGAUACUGAUACACCUACUUCCUGGAGAGUUUUCUUAGCUUGGGCAGAUGAUGUGAAGGGUUUUUCUUCACCAUGGAAAGGAUUCUGCAAUCAUCCACCACUGUUGUCUUCUGUGGACGUCCAUGCUUUUUUGAGUUCCUGAGCUCACCAAUGGGCUCUUUUUUCCCCAGAAUGUACCAAACUGUUGAUUUGGCCACUCCUAACAUUUCUGCUAUCUCUCUGAUGGAUUUCUUUUUUUCAGCCUAAUGAUGGUCUGCUUCACUUCCACUGAGAGCUCCUUUGACUGCAUGUUGUGGGUUCACAGCAACAGCUUUCAAAUGCAAAUGCCACACCUGGAAUCAACUCCAGACCUUUUACAUGUCUAAUUGAUGAUGGAUUAAUGAGGGAAUAGCCUAUGCAGCCCACGAAAUAGCUUUUAAGAUAAUUGACCAAUAACCCUUGAAAAAGAGGCAGCUACAUAUUAAAGAGCUGUAAUUCCUAAACCCUUCCUCAAAUUAGGAUGUGAAUACCCUCAAAUUAAAGCUGAGAGUCCGCACUUUAAGCUCAUGUUCAUUAUACAACUGUAUCUUGAAUAUUGUUUUGGUAAACAGCUAAAAUACCAAAACUUGUGUCACUGUCCAAAUAUUUCUGGGCCUAACUGUAGAUAGUAUUCAAUUGACUUGUCGCCACCACCAUAUUGUUAACACACCACUGGUCAGCUCGGUGAUGACGGGGAAGACAGCGGUGCUUGUAGAGCCACCAUCUGUACAGUGUUAGUGAAUAAAUCAUCCGGACAGAUUAAAUAUAGACAUGGUGAGGUGCUGCUUAAUGGCUGUAGCAACAACAGCAACAGAAAACAAAACGCUCUGAGCUUUAAUAGAUUUUACAGCAUUCUAGCUGUCCGAGGCAGUGAGGGGAAAGAAGAAGAAGCCUUCAGCCGAGAGAAUAAACAGGAGAAGCUUGCAGCAUCUCCUCAAAACAUGACCUGAAUCCGCUCUCUUCCGGGAAGUUUUAAAUGACAUUGAUUGAUGAUUGACUUUUGCAGUCUAACCGUUUAUGUCUAGAUCUCUUACGCUUUAGCUUGACAAUGAAUGCAGUCUAGAGGACGCCAGAACAUUAACAGGGCUUAUGUAACUUGAGCUCACACCAGGGUUGGGAUAGCUACUGAAAAUUAAGCAGUUAGUUACUUUGUAGCUACUUUCCCAAAAUGUGGGUCUAGCUACAACUUAUCUGCUUUUCCAGAAAAAGUAGUAAUAGUGGCUACUUUUGAGCUACUUUUUGAAAAGUAGUGGCUACUUUAGAGUUACUUUUUGAAACGUAGUGGCUACUUUUGAACUAUUUUGA